AUGCCCGCUUCGGGUCCCCAGUCUCAGAAUGCACACGUAACCUUUCAACUACCUCCAGAACUCUGGGUUCAAGUCUUCCAACACGCAACACAUAGUACACCCGGUAUCCUGGAGCCCGACAUUUACGCCCAUACAGAAGCAUUCGGUUCACAGUAUAGCGGAGGCACUGACCCGGCCCUCCGCAAGUCCAUGGCUACGCGACGAUGCCUCCCCUUGGUGUGCAAGGGAUGGUACGCGCUCUCCAUCGAGCUUCUCUACAGGUCCGUGUGGAUCGGAUACACUCGACGCGUGCUCGUUUCUCUUUGUCUCACGCUCCUGGGCUCGACAUGGCGAUCGGAGCAGGGAGGUCGAUCAUUGGGCUGGUAUGUGCAGAGGCUGGACUUUGCUCCUACGGCCCCUCUUAAUCGGCAGUCGGCAGAGGAACACGAGCAGGACCUCAUCGUGUUAACUGCGCUGCUGGAUUGUAUGGUGAACCUGUCCAUCGUGGUCUUUGCACCGCGGUCGGUAAGAUACCGUUCCAUACCCCUUUCUCCAGCUGUGCUUCAGGCGCUAUGUCGACGCGGCCCCUCUCUCAGAGUGAUCCACUGGGUCAACGACCGUCUAGAGCCGAGCGAUUCCGACAUUCGAGAUCUCUUCACUUCCGCUCCUAAUCUUCGCAUGUUCUCUUCGCAGAGAGAAAUCAGUCUGGCCGAUACCUUGGCUUGUUCCGGGAUUCCCACCAUGCACUCCCUCACGACACUUUCACUUUUCACAGUACAGGAGCGCAAUGACUGUACCGAGUCCAUACACACCCACUUCCCCGCCCUGCGUCACAUCGUCGUGCGAUGUCACGCGUCUGAAUCUGCGGACGCCUGGCGUCGUUUCCUGGCGUUUGUUGGUACCACUCUCCAAUCCAUCCACCUCAAACCCUAUCGCAACUUCGGUGAACGUGACGACAUAACGUCCGGUCUUCAAGAGAAAACGACGAUCGUCACGCAGAUGUGUCCUCAACUCCAACGUUUCACCCUCUCGCUCCCAGGAUGGCAUCUGCUCCGUGUGGACUUUGACCUCCCGCCGCCCAUAGUGACGAUCAACGGGCGGACUCAGAAUCCUGACUGCGCGUUCAGACACGUCUGGAAUGCGCUUGCUUGCAUCAGUCAGCGCACACCGACGCUGCAAGUGGUGCAGUUCAUCGGGCGCGAAGACAGUCUACUCUUACAGACCCGGUUUCGCGAUAAGCUUCGACACGGUUUGGCGCUGCUACCCUACCUUCGCGUCCAGAAUCACCUCGGGGAGCCGUUUGAUCGUCCCUCAUAG